AUGAAGAAGCUGAAAGUUUUUAACGGUGAAGAGCGCAGGAUGUUUCUGAAGUCCUCGAUAACUAUAAGUUUUUUGCUGAUUCUUCUAUCUAAUAUAGCAAGUUCCCGCGACAACUCGCUUCCACCUCAUUUCAAGCUUAACUCAGCUCUCACGUGUCGCCUAGUGGGAGGGUUGACCAGGGAACAAAGAGCCGUUUGUCAUGAAGUACCGGACACGGCAGCAGUUGCCUUCGAGGGUCUUCAAUUGGCGGUUAAGGAAUGUCAACAUCAAUUUCGGUGGCAUCGGUGGAAUUGUUCCAGUCUCAUGGCCAAGAGCACAAACCCCCAUGCCAGUGCUAUUAUGAAAAGAGCUAUUCGUGAAGCGGCCUUUCUGUACGCUUUGACAGCCGCGGGAGUAGCUCACGCUAUAGCUCGGGCUUGUGCUCAAGGCCGUUUGUUGUCAUGCGGCUGUGAUCCCCUCGGAUACCGAGCCUCUCACGACCCCAGAAGAAGAGCGAGGGCCAACAAGUGGGAAUGGAGUGGAUGCUCCCACAAUCUGGCAUACGGUAUCGAGUUCUCCAAGAAGUUUCUCGACAUCAGGGAGCAGGUUGACGAUCUGCAGUCGAAGAUUAAUGUUCACAACAAUAACGCUGGGAGAUCUAUACUCUCAUCACACAUGGAAGUCCGUUGCAAAUGCCAUGGGUUAUCAGGAAGCUGUCAGUUGCGGACGUGUUGGCGCACGACACCAGACUUUCGAGUUGUGGCUUCAACCAUCAAGAGGCAUUACCGUAAAGCACUACUAGCAGCUCAAGAGGAGCUCAACAAUGACAUGUCGGUGCUAAGAGGCAGACCACGUGGAAAGAGGCGAAGUCGAGCGAAACCAGCGCCGAAAACUAGCUUGCUGUUCUUUGAAAAAUCACCUAGUUUCUGCGAACCAGACCCAAGAAUGGACUCUUCAGGAACAUCAGGCCGUAUUUGUAGAAUUGGACGGACCUCGCGCUCCGGUUCCUGCGAUUUGUUGUGCUGCGGACGUGGACAUGCCCUCAUUCGUAGAUCAAGCAUUAAGCCCUGUAACUGCACAUUCCAUUGGUGUUGUAGAGUUGAUUGUCAGAAGUGCCACGAUGACAAGAUCAAUGUUGCGAUCUUAAUACGCCGAAGCCCUAGCACUUGUGAGGAGUCCCAUCACAUCGGCCGCGGCUCUCACCUAGAACCGUUUAGUCGAACCGUAGCAGCACACGUAUAUUCGAGAUAUAAACUUACAAACAAACUCGGUUCUGGUAUUUUUGGUGAAGUUUUCAAAGCAACCGACGCUCAGGCGGCUGAUAAAGCUGUAGCUGCUAAAAUCCAAAUCCACUAUGAAGAUGAUGAUGUGCACCUCCACGAAGAGUAUAAAAUUUUAAGGGAUUUCACAAACCAUCCCAACUUAAUCGAUUUUUAUGGCGUGUUCUGUGAGAAAUCUGAGUCGCAAAGAAAAAUAUGGUUUAUACUUGAAUUAUGUGAUUAUGGAUCUGUCAUCGAUAUUGUCAGAAAACUGAAAGCAACCGACAGAAAAAUGUCCGAGGAACACAUCGCUUACAUCCUCAAAUAUACGAUCAAGGCUUUAGUUCACUUGCACGAAAACAAAAUUAUACAUAGGAAUAUUAGAUGCAGCAAUAUUUUAAUAACAAAAGACGGUGAAGUAAAAUUGUCAGACUUUGGACUAUCCUGUAAAUUAAACGAAACUGUAGAAAAAUCUAAAACAAACAUUGGAUCGCCAAGUUGGAUGGCUCCAGAAGCUGUAGUUAUUGGUGACGAAGGUUAUGAUAACAGAAUUGACGUCUGGGCUUUAGGUAUAACAACAAUUGAAAUGGUCGACGGUAAAGGACCGUUUGAAGAUAUGCAUCCUACUAGAGCUCUGUUUCAAAUUGUAAGAAAUCCUCCACCUGGUUUAGCUAAGCCAGCAAUGUCAUCGAAUGAUAUUAACGAUUUUAUUACAGAGUGUCUUGAGAAGAAUCCAGAACAUCGACCAUAUAUGAUGGAAUUAGUAGAACAUCCGUUUAUCCAAUUGGUGCCAGAAAACGACUACCACUUAUCUACUGAGCUAAAAAUGCUAGCAGCAGACCUAAGUAACGCUUCAUUGCCGGAGAAAUUACCUGAAAGAAUAAUUAAAAAUGGACUUUUAACUACCGAGGGAGUACCUGAACCAGAAACAAUGCAAGUCGAAGAUCUUGCAGCGUUAGAUAAGUUGACAGAAGACAGUCUGCUAUCGGAAUUGUAUACAAAAUUAGCAAAAGGAUCCUUUACUUCUUUUGUUGGAGAUGUCUUAUUAAUUCUGAAUCCUAACAUGCAUGCUGAUAUCUACAAUGAAAAUUAUCAUAAAAAGUAUGAAUGUAAGUCGAGAUCAGAUAACGAACCUCAUAUUUUCGCGGUUGCUGACAGUGCCUUUCAAGACGCUCUUCAUCACAACGAACCUCAGCACAUAGUAUUUUCAGGGGAAAGCAAAUCAGGAAAAACAACAACUAUGAUUCAUGCCCUCUCCCAUUUAACUCACUUAGGUGCGAUGAAAAAUAACACUGCUGAAAGAAUUAAAAAAGCAAAUGAUGUAAUACAGGCCUGUAUAAGCGCUGCAACGCCAGUUAAUUCAAAUUCUACGAGAGGUAUUUUGCAAGUUCAGGUUACGUAUGGCACUUCCGGAAAAUUAAGUGGAGCUAUAUUCUGGCUUUAUCAACUUGAAAAAUGGCGCAUUUCUUCUACUGACAUGUCUCAUGCAAAUUUUAACCUUCUUUAUUAUUUUUAUGAUGCGAUGGAAGCUGAAGAUAGAUUAACUGAACUAUGUCUGGAGAAAUACAGAAAACAUCGUUAUUUACGAAUAUUAGAAGAAGCCCCUAGGGGAAUGAAAGGUGUUCGUGAAACGCCAUCAGAGAAUGUAACGAAAUAUAAAGAGUUCAUUGACAAUUUAAAAGUUCUAGAUUGGGAACAGGAGGACAUAACAUUCUUUGAAACUGUAUUAGCCGCUAUACUCGUACUUGGUAAUGUAAGGUUUAAAGAUAGUAAAAACGGUACCGCCGAAAUUGAAAAUCCUGAAGAAGCAAAAAAGGUUUCAAAACUGCUAUCGUUGGAAGAGGUAAAAUUUCUUUGGGCUUUACUUAAUUAUUGUUUAAUCGAGGGAGGAACGGCGAUAAAAAAGCGGCAUUCUACUGAUGAAGCAAGAGAUGCUAGAGACACUUUGGCAAGUGCUUUGUACAAAAGAUUAAUAGACUGGAUGAUUAAUUUAAUAAACUCAAAGCUGUCUUUCAUGCGAUCUGUAUUCGGAGAUAAAUACUCGGUCAGUUUGCUCGACAUGUUUGGUUUCGAAUGUUUUCACAGAAAUCGUUUAGAACAACUCAUUGUAAACACUACCAAUGAACAAAUACAAUUUUUAUACAAUCAAAGACUGUUUGCUUGGGAAAUGCAAGAAGAAGAACAAGAAGGGAUUCCAGUAGUAUCAUUACAUUUUUAUGACAAUAAGAGUUCUGUUGAUCAACUUAUGGCUAGACCAUCAGGAAUAUUCUACAUUUUAGACGAAGCGAGUCGUCAAGGAAGUGGACAAGAAUUCAUAAUGAACGCAAUUAAAACUUCGAACAGAGGUCCUUAUGUUAAGCUUUCUGGAAGUCAUGAAUUUAGUGUAGCACAUUACACGGGAAAAGUGAAUUAUGAUGCCAGAGAAAUGGCCGACAAAAACAAAGAUUUUCUCCCACCCGAAAUGAUUGAAACAAUGAGAGCAUCAGUUAAUGCCACUCUUCAACAGUUAUUCAAGAACAAAUUAACAAAAACUGGUAACUUAACCAUAUCAUCAUGUCAGCCAAAGCCAUGUGCUAGUAGAUCAAAGCCUGAUAAAGAAAUGGAAAACAUUAAGGCGAGAAAAUUCAACACUAUAUCCAAAGGUCAUUACUCGCAAAGUCACAAAAUGAGAACUGCAGCGGCGACAUACAGAGCAACUAGUUUAGAGAUCCUCAAACAACUCUCAAUAGGGCCCGGCAGCGGUGGCACGCACUAUGUUCGAUGUGUGAGAGCGGACUUAACUGACAGCCCUCGAGGGUUUCAAGCAGAAGUAGUACGCCAGCAGCUACGAGCGCUUGCUAUUCUGGACACCGCAAAGGCUCGCCAAAGGGGAUUCUCCUGUCGCAUACCCUUCGCCGAAUUUAUACGAAGAUACCGAUUCCUGGCGUUCGAUUUUGAUGAAAAUGUGGAAGAAACAAAGGACAACUGCAGGCUGCUAUUAAUCCGUCUAAAAAUGGAGGGCUGGGAAUUAGGAAAAACAAAAGUAUUCCUCAAGUAUUACAAUGAAGAAUUUUUAUCCAGAUUGUACGAAACGCAGGUGAAGAAAAUAAUAAAAGUGCAAUGUAUGAUGCGAGCAUUCUUGGCUAGAAGGAAAACGAGCGAGAAUAAGUCGAAAAUUAAUCACAUCAAAGAACUAAAGAAGCAACAAUCUGCCAACGUGACUGAAGAUGAAGCUGCGUUGCGGAUUCAAAAGGCGUAUCGCGGUUACAUGGUCCGCAAAGCAUAUGGUCCACUCGUAAGUAAAUCAUCAGGAGAGAUUGACGAGGAAACUGCAUCAUUCCUUAAAAGAUACGCAAUGAAAUGGAAGAGUCGGUCAAUAUUCCAGGUUUUACUGCAAUACAGGGCAAUGCGUUAUCAAGAUUUGGUUCAUUUCUCGCAGCAGAUUCACAUAUACAAUCAGGCUGUGAUCGAAGGUCUACUUAAUACAAAUGCAUCAGUAGUGUUGGACAAAAUUGACCCCAAUGCAAAGGAAUCGAAUUUCCUCGGUUCCGUUCGGCCUACGGUUUGGAAGUUGCCAUUUAGGAUCGAUCAACUAGAAUUCUACGAUACUUCUGCAAUGUGCGAUCCUAAUGUGAAGAGCACCGAUACAUUCGCGAGCCAAAACGAUUCAGACCACGAGCCGUGGGACGAACCGUUGAAGCGUGGAUAUUCAACACAAACUGAUCCUUACAUGCUGUCGGCGAGCACUCAGACCCUGAUAACCAUGCCAUUCUGCAGAGACCCCAUGCAGCCAUUACCAAAGCUGCCGUCCGAGGACGCGUACCCCAGCAGACCGUCCAGUGUAGCCCCGGACACUUUCGUAGGGACAGGCAGUCGACCAGUUGUUUACAAGAAGAAAUCAAAUCAAUCACCCCAAGGUUACUACCAGCCGCCAACGCCCUGGGCCAGCCCACGCGAUGAGACUGACAUCUUAGAAAACAGCAGCUCGCCUAUACGUAGGAUGAACUAUAGCCGAAGCAUGCAUACGUUCGAUAUGGACAUUCAAGAUCCGAUACAGGAGCUCCAAGCGCUAGCGAAAUCCGCCAGCGAUUUGGACGACGACGACCCGCCUUACAACUUUCAAGCUAUGUUGAAAAAGACACCUAAGAACAGAGCGUCUAUGAAAAGACACAAUGAAUCAGAUAGAGCUGUUGGAGGGGUGCCUUCAUCUAGGUAUGACAUGUCUUUAAAUACUUCUAAAUAUCCAGCACCGAAUUACAUGGCCCCAGUUCCCACGGGGAGAAUGACUCCUGUCGCGGAAAACCGGCCAAUGAAGGAUUUUACAAGAGAAGGCUCUAAGGAAUAUUAUAUGUCGGACUCAAAUAAGGAUGACUCGGGCACUGACUUGCGUAUUCAAAACACAGACAACAAAUCUGAUGUGUCGCCUGCAACAGAAAUAGCACCAGGAAUCGUAUUUGAAGGAGCAGUAGCGGAUUUGUAA